AUUUCGUAUAGUUAUGGGAUCAAAAAAGUGCAAAAAAUUGUUAAGGGACCAAAAAUAUGCAACUCACUAAAGUUGAGGGACCAAAUCUAGCAUUUAACCUUCUUUCUUUCUUACUUUUCUUUUUCUUUUCUUUUUGUUUCCCUCCCAGCCAUUUUUGCGUGUCUGCUCAUUUCCUUCUCCCCUGCACCGAACAAGCCUUCAGCCAAGCCCAGCCACCAUCGCCUACUCCUCUUGAAAAAUUGAUCUGCUGCCUUCUUCCUCUUUUGCCGCCGGUUGCUACUGGGGUGAACUUCGGUUUUCCUGUUCCCCUCCAAGAUCCCGCCAGCCUCCUUUGCCGCCAACUCCAAUUUCUUUGCUUGCUGAAUUUUCUGGUAGUGAGACCCAACGCAUGGGGAGCCCAAGGGAGUGACGAGCUAGACGGUUAGGCACUUUUGGACUUAGAUUUUUGUAACUAGGCCGUUAGUCACCCAUGCUUGACUUAGAAAUUUUGUGUAUAGAGCUUCUGUAGUUUUAGUCAUGAUUGUAUGUAUGAAGUUAAAAGUUUUGUACAUCUCGACUAGUAAAUAUUUGGUAAAUAAAAAGGUUUAGAUCUGAAUUGUCUGAAUUGCUAAGUAAGAACUUAGUAGGUUUUGAGUUUUGUGCAUUUGUGGGCCCCGCUCAUGAGUGCACGG